CAAAAGCAUUUCUCUGUUGUAUUGCUUCAUCACAGUCUUCAGGGACCAAAAAACAUUCCGGUUGUACCACUACUUGAGUCUUUUUCUGCCUUUCAAGCUACUUAAUCUUUACUCCUCACUUCAAACUUACUCCAUCUUCCAACAACACAACCCAAUUUCGACUACACUUUUCGAAAUGGAAUGCCUCAAGGACCAAUUCUACGAUGGGGUGGUCCUCGACGGACGCUUCAGAACGGUCUCCCCUCUCAAUCAUGGGUCAUUCGGUAUGGUGUUCAUGGCCGAAGACUUGACGACAAAUGAAUAUGUUGCCAUCAAGUGCUUGACAAAGAAAUCAGCCAUCACCGACGCGGACUCUUCCUUUGCCGUUGACGAGCGUUCCGAAGAGCUUGCGUGCCAUGCUCGUCUCGGAGCCCACGCCAAUAUUGUCAACCUCAUCCACUCCUUCGAGACUGAGGCUCACAUCUAUAUCGUCCUUGAGUUCUGCUCGAGGGGUGAUCUAUAUGAAGCUAUCAGAACUGGAACCGGGCCAUUGGAAACAGAGCACGUUCGUCGCUUCAUGCUCCAACUGGUCGAUGCUGUUGCCUACAUUCACGGCAAGGGCAUGUACCACCGCGACAUCAAGCCGGAGAACAUCUUCUUGACCCAAGCUGGCGAAAUGAAGCUUGGUGACUUUGGCUUGGCUACCUCUGAGAAAUGGACUUACGAGACCACUGUUGGCAGCGAUAGGUACAUGUCUCCUGAACAAUACGACUCUGCUGGAGCCGGUUACGCACCAGAACAAGCCGAUAUCUGGGCCAUUGGCAUUUGCUUGUUGAACAUCCUCUUUUCGCGAAACCCGUUCACCACACCCACCGAGUCUGAUCCACUCUUCCUUGACUUUUCCCGAGACAAGCAAUCUCUCUUUGAUGUCUUCCCGACAAUGUCCCAAGACACCUACGAAGUCAUUGCCCAAUGCAUGAGCUUGGAUCCCCGCAAGCGAUCUCUCAAGGCUGCCCGUGAAGCACUUGAGCGGGUCGUUAGCUUCACUACGUUUGAUGAGUCCUUGGACGACUUCUGCUCUGCUGAAAGACGCGGUAUUGCCAGUGCCAACCGCGAACCACUUCGGACCCCUUCAAUCCAAAGCCCGCAGAUGGACAACGGCUCUUUCCCAUGGGCCAAGGCCUUGCAUGCCAGCCCACCUCAACAAUUCCGCCAGCUGUCUGCCAUCCCCGACGACGAGAGCUACCAAUCCGAGGAUCUCUUCCCGAGCUCCGAAGAAAGCAACAAGGAUUGGUUCUCCGUUGGACAGCAGACACCAUCCCUCGCAUCCAUGUUGGACUCAUCCCUUGGUGCUUCGAUGAAGUCACUCGCUAUCCGACGUCCGUUCAAGGCGGGACCACCAAAGGCUAGCCUCACACCAAUCUCGGGUUCGCUGCCAAUCACUAUGUCGAAGCCCAAGCCUUUGCCCUCCUUGUCAUCUGUCUUCGGCAAGAAGAACGAGGUGUCAAAGAGUUGGAGCGACUUGUGGGAUGAGGACAUCGAAGAGGAAGAAGAAGAAGCGGAGAAGCAAUUAAAGGCACGACAGAUGCAGAAUGCCAGGACCUGGAGUCACGAGAGCAAGAAUGAGAAUGAAGAUGAUACGAUACGAGGACCACUUGAGCUGAAGAGCUCAUCUUUUGUAAAUAUUCCGAAAUUGCAACAACCGGAGGCUGGCCGGGCCACAGCCGAUAUCGAUGCGGAUCUUGUUGCGGAUGGUUUCUUUUUCCAUGAUACUCCCUCAAAGGAGUUGGAGGCGGUUGUUUCUCAAUUUUCUCCUCGGUACUCACCACCACCCAAGCGAACUACUUUCGACAAGUGGUCCGCGUUGGGAGAACGCCGACGAGCAUACACUGGCACGUCUGAAUCUGAGAAGUCUCCCGAAUUGUGGAAGGCACGUCGCAACGUUGGUUUAGGCUUCACGGGGUUUGGAGCUGGGGUUUGGGAUAAUAAGGCGAAUACUGUUAUUAAGGAGAAUGGUGCAAAGGAUAGGGGCAAGGAAUGCCCUUGGGCCAGUCAUCGGGUUCGUGAUCACCAUGGGCAUCAACGCCACAUGGUGGAACACAGUGACCUUGAGUGGGUGGGCGGAUGGAGAGACGCCCACAUGUAGUUUUGGCAAACUUCUCGACUUUCACACUGGAUUGGACAUCGUUAUCUUCCUUGUUCUGAAAUAUUAUUACUUCAGGGGCAAGGGUCUUCACGGUGGGCACGAUUAGGAUCGGUAGGAAGAGAUUUUAUGCUUGGACUCGCUUUUCUGUGUAUUAGAUAUCUUCGGACUUUGAAAUACCAGACAAUUACCCACUCUACCAAAGUUCCCCUCGCCGUGACUUUGUCU